AACCCCUCCUAGUCUCUGCAGCAAAAGCCAUAGGACGCGAUAGCUUGUGUAUUUUUUUUCUCUCUCUCUCCGUGUUGUGGCAAAGCAAAACGAAUAUUUGCCUGGACAAGAGGAGACUGUUCGAGUUUAUUUUCUGCAGUCAUUUGUUGCUGCCCGUUUUUGAAGCGGAAUUUUGUCUGCCGAGCAACAAAAUGGGAAAUGAAGCAAGUUAUCCCCUGGAGAUGUGCUCACACUUUGAUGCAGAUGAGAUUAAGAGGCUAGGUAAGAGAUUUAAGAAACUCGACCUAGAUAACUCGGGAUCUCUGAGCGUAGAGGAGUUCAUGUCCCUGCCCGAGCUGCAGCAGAAUCCGCUGGUCCAGAGGGUUAUCGAUAUAUUCGACACAGAUGGCAACGGGGAAGUGGAUUUCAAAGAGUUUAUAGAGGGCGUCUCACAAUUCAGUGUUAAGGGAGAUAAGGAACAGAAGCUCAGAUUCGCUUUCCGGAUCUACGACAUGGACAAGGACGGCUACAUUUCUAACGGCGAAUUGUUCCAAGUGUUGAAGAUGAUGGUGGGAAACAACUUAAAAGACACACAACUGCAGCAGAUUGUAGAUAAGACCAUUAUCAAUGCAGACAAGGAUGGAGAUGGGAGAAUAUCUUUUGAAGAGUUCUGUGCUGUUGUUGGCGGUCUUGACAUUCACAAAAAGAUGGUAGUGGAUGUGUGAGUCUUCGAGCAUCUGCCCUGCCACCUACAACACGCGCUUUCCUUUCCAUCUCUGAUGAUCUGCUCGAGACAUCUAGCAAAUGCUCUCUUUCAACGAAAGUAUUUACUCUGUGAAGCUACCUUAUUGCUACCACGAGCCUGAUGAAGCCAACGCGUAAGUGUUUUUUGAACUCUGAUCCUCACAAUAACCUGGUGUAGCACUUUACUGACUGAAGAAACAGCUAAGAGCAUCUCUGUCUGGAGAAGGGAAGACGGGUUGGUUGGUUCAUUUUUUUUUUGUGUUUGUUUUUUCUUUCUUUCUUUUUGUAUUUUUUUUUUUAUUUAUAUUUAUUUUUGGGUCACUUUUUUUUUAAGCAAGUGUAUAUUAAGCAUUCUGAGUAGGGAGGAUGUAAUG